AUGCUCCGGCUCCGUCGCGGCGUCCUCGCCCAGGUCCUCUCGUCUCUCUCCGCCUCUUCCGUACCCCCUCUCCACCGCCUCAUCUCCGCCGCGGCGCCCGCCAUCUCCCCAAACCCUAGCUUCGCCGUGGAGGAGUACGUCGUCUCCACCUGCGGCCUCACCCGACCACAGGCCCUCAAGGCCUCCGCCAAGCUCUCCCACCUCAAGUCCCCCGCAAAUCCCGACGUCGUGCUUGCCUUCCUCGCCGACCUCGGCCUCUCCGACGCCGAUGUCGCCGCCCUCGUCGCCAAGGACCCGCAGAUCCUCUGCGCCAGCGUGGAGAGAACCCUGGCGCCCGUCGUCGCCGGGCUCUCUGGCCUCGGCUUAUCGCGUUCCGACAUCGCGCGCCUCGCCUCGCUCUCCCGUAGCAGCUUCCGCUAUAGAUCCAUCGUCUCCAAGCUGCAGUACUACAUGCCUCUCUUUGGGUCCUUUGAGAAUCUCCUCCGAGCCCUCAAGAGGAACUUCUACCUUCACUCGGCUGACCUCGAUGAUGUGGUCAAGCCCAACGUCGCGUUGCUGCGGGAGUGCGGGCUAGGUGCUUGUGAUAUUGCCAAGCUAUGCAUCAGUAAACCAUGGCUUCUCGCCGCCAACCUGGAGCGUGUCCAGGCGAUGGUGGAAUGCGCUGAAAACAUAGGUGUGCCCCGUGCCUCUGGAAUGUUCAGGCAUGCGCUGCACGCUGUUGCAUUUCUCAGCGAGGACAAGAUCGCAGCCAGGGUGAACUACUUGAAGAACACCUUCAGGUGGACGGAUGCUGAGGUAGGCAUGGCUGUUUCUAAGUAUCCAACGGUGCUGAAUAGGACUAAGGAGUUUCUGCAGAGAAGGUCAGAGUUCCUGAUCUCUGAUUUGGGGUUGGAACCGGCAUACAUUGCUCAUCGCCCGCUAAUGCUCGCAUACAGCCUGGAGGGGAGGCUAAGGCCCCGAUACUACGUUGUAACUUUUCUUAAGGAGAAUGGAUUGCUAGAUCAUGGUCGAGAUUACUAUUAUGCAGUUAAGAUGACUGAGAAGGUAUUCAUGGAGAAGUUCAUAUGCCCUCACAAGGACGCUGCACCAUACCUUGCUGAAGACUAUGUAGCAGCUUGCAGAGGGGAAUUGCCGCCUAGAUUCAGAUUUACAUGA